AUGGCAUCGCAGAGUAGCCGACCCAUGCGAUCAAGCCUGCAGGUAGCCCCUUUGGCCAUACAAAAGACAGAUUCGACAAACGAACCAUAUAACAACAAUGGGUCCGACGCAGGCUCGACCCUCGCAUCUUCCCGCUCUGCCCAAUCCGAAAUGACGUCCCAAAGCGAAUACUUUAUCGACAAUGAUGUCAACAAUGCUCCUCCCAUCUUUCACAACUUCCUUCAGGCCGUUCACCCUUUUCACCCAGAGUAUGCCAUGGCAGACUCAGCCGUCACCAUGCCACUAACGGAAAAGGAUAUCGUCUUGGUGCAUUCAGUGCACACUAAUGGCUGGGCUGACGGCACUCUGUUGAAAGACGGCACUAGGGGGUGGCUUCCGACUAAUUACUGUGUUCCCUACAACCCAGAAGAGAUGAGAAUACUUCUCGGAGCCCUGGUCAAUUUCUGGGAUCUCCUGCGAAGUGCAUGCAUAGAUGACCGGGAAAUGUUCGGGGACAAAAAGUUCAUGAGGGGUCUUGCUGGUGGUGUGAUAUCCUUGCUGAACAACACUGGGUGUUUGCAGAAAGACUCUUCAAUUCUGCAAAGACACACUGAGCUCAAGCACAGCCGAAAGAAGAUCUCUGAAGAACUCGAAGCGCUGGCCCGGACGGCCAGCAAACUGGACAAGAAGCUCAAGUCUUCGCACAGGCUGAUUCGCGCAACAGAACAGCAGGUUAAUGAAAUGGUGGAUGACAUGAUUCUGAGAGCUUUUCGAGUUGUCUCAAGGGCGGCCGAAUUCUUCGACAUGGUUCAACACGACAAGUCCGAGCGACUGACAUCAGCAAUGAUUAUGGAGACCGUGAUGGAAGAGGAAGACAUGACGCCUACUACCGAUCCGGCGGUACUAGCCAGAUCCUGCGACGCCAUUGAUGCACGCUCCCGUGCCGACAGCAAUGGAAGCGCAGCCGGGCCAACGCCUUCAGAAACAAGCAAGGCCCCCACAAACGGCCGUUUGUCCCCCGCCUACCUACCGAGUACAAAUGCGAACCGGUUGUCUCAUGGGAACUCUCUCGAAAUCGCCAACCGUCUCUCGUCUGCAACCAUUUGCCACCGUGUCAGUCUGGCUGGCCCUUCGCCCCUCUCGCAGGCUCACAACCUCGUCUCCGAACGUCUCACCAAAAUACACGAUAUCCUCCUAUCUGACCUUGCUUGCUUGACGGGCCGUCUGCAAUUGGAAUUCCUCUCCCGUCCUGAUCUGGCUCUCGGUGUCAAGCAAGCCAUUACAUCUGGUGGGGAUCUUUUGCUGGUUAUGGACGUUGUGUCAGCGCGAAACUCUCUCAGCAUCGAGACGCUGGCCCCGCUUCGUGCCGUCAUGUACGAUCGCAUCCAAGACCUUUAUCAAACAGCACGCGACGUUCUCGUCCAUAACAUGGAAGGCGCCAUUGUACCGCAAGAAGGCCGCCGCUUGCACGUUGCCGCCGUGGGCUGCGUCAGACUCUCUGGAGCAUGCCACGCCAAGACGAAGUGGGUUAUUGGACAGAUUGGCGAUUUCGAGUUCGAGUUUGAGAAUGGCAGUCUCGAUUUAGGCUUUAAUCUUUCCACGUUUGACGCUGUGCUGGAGGCGAAGGAUAAUCAUGCUGCCGACUCCGUCAGCAUUGCCGAUUCUAACAUGUCAGAGGCAUUGACUAUGUCAACCACUGUCACGGCUGCCUCUACACCUGCACCAAGGCCAACAAAUCUGGAGCUCAACAAGCCGCUCCCUGAUGUUCCGCUUGUUUCGACUCCAAUUGUGGAAACGUCACCGGAGGCUAUCGAAGAAUCGGCAUCCGCUGAGAACAUCUCAUUAGUGUCUUCUCUCCGUGCUUCUUUACCUCCCCUUCCUAAGCUCUCUACCGAGAUCCCGCCUGCACUGGACUACAGCCCUACCGAGGGAUCCGCUACUCAAGAUGGCGAGUUCCGUUUUAGGGCCGAGAGCAUGACUGCUUCAAGUUCCGCAUCCGCUACUACUUAUAUCAGCCGGACAUCGGAGUCAAGCAUGGUCUCCCAGACAUCCACUCGAGCCACGACUCCGGAUCUCACUCAUGCUCCCAGGAACCAUCCUUCGGUAUCUGAACUGAGCCUGUCGGACAGCGCAACGCUCAGUGACGAUAGCGAUGAUGCCGAGUCUAAGCUGCUCGAGAAGACCUAUGCGCAUGAGCUGAUUUUCAACAAAGAAGGACAGGUGACUGGAGGUUCCCUUCCGGCGUUGGUUGAGCGUCUCACUACCCAUGAGUCGACUCCUGACGCCAUGUUUGUGUCCACAUUCUACCUCACCUUCCGCUUGUUUUGCACACCGCUCAAGCUUGCUGAGGCCCUGAUUGACCGCUUCAACUACGUUGGAGAGGCUCCUCAUGUCGCUGCCCCCGUCAGGCUGAGGACUUACAAUGCUUUCAAGGGCUGGAUGGAGUCACAUUGGCGGGAGGAUACUGACACGGAAGCGCUGCCUGUGAUUAAGAACUUUGCCGAGUCAAGACUCAAAGAGGUUUUGCCUUCUGCUGGAAAGCGACUGCUUGGCCUCGCCGAGAAGGUGGCUAACAGCGACGGUACUCUUGUGCCCCGUCUGGUCUGCUCCAUCUCCAAGACCAGCUCUUCCGGUUCUCAGUUCAUUCCUGCCGAGACUCCUCUCCCCUCGCCCAAUCUCUCGAGGGGCCAAGUACACGCACUCGCCAACUGGAAGGCCGGCGGUGCCUCCCCUUCCAUCAUGGAUUUUGAUGCGCUUGAGAUCGCUCGCCAGAUCACCAUCAAGCAGAUCGGUCUCUUCUGUUCCAUCACUCCCGAGGAGCUUCUCGGCUCCAAGUGGACCAAGAACAAGGGUGUCGGCGCGCCCAAUGUCAAGGCCAUGUCUACUUUCACCACUGGCCUGUCCAACCUUGUCGUGGACACUAUCCUCCAAUUCGAUGAGAUCAAGAAGCGGGCCGCCGUCAUCAAGCACUGGAUCAAAAUCGGCAGCCAGUUUCUGGCUCUUAACAACUACGACGGUCUGAUGGCCGUCACCUGCGCCCUCAACGACUCCAGCAUCAAGCGCCUGCGGAUGACAUGGGAUACCAUCAGCUCCAGGCGCAAGGAGACGCUCAGGUCUCUGCAAUCCAUUGUCGAAAUCAGCCAAAACCACAAGGCGCUCAGAGCUCGGCUUGCCGACCAAGUCCCUCCCUGCCUUCCAUACGUCGGCAUGUUCCUGACCGAUCUCACCUUUGUUGAUGCGGGCAACCCCUCCAAGAAGACGACUGACACGGGCCUGACGGUUAUCAACUUCGACAAGCACACGAAGACGGCCAAGUGCAUCGGCGAGCUGCAGCGGUUCCAAAUCCCCUACCGCCUCACCGAAGUGCCGGACUUCCAGGAAUGGAUCCUUUCGCAGAUCGAGAGGGCGAGAGAGAUAGAAAAGACGGAUAAGACGCCUGCUCAGUUGUUGCACUACCGUCAGAGUCUGUUGCUGGAACCGAAGGAGGUUCAGCAGAACUUGCGGGCUCAGAUGGAGGCCGCGCCCUCGAGUUCAAACAUGUUCUCGUGGAUCAGGAAUAACCAUUCUACUCAUGGCUUGCCUACCUCUGCGCAAGUCUAG